GGAGUGUGGCUCCCUGUGAUAGGUAAACUGACCUUGCUGUGUAAAAUCAGUGGAACAUGCCUUUAAGUCUAUGGUAAAAUGUUGAAAUAUGACUUACAUUUUUAGUAAAGUUUGGCAGGUAACAAGUGACAUGUGACUCGCGUGUUUCUGUAUAGGAAAGUAGAAUGGAUAGGACAAGUGAGACAUCAGCAUUGCAUGUUAGUUCUUGACUGCUCCCUAAAUCUAAGGUAGAUUUCUACAAAGAGAAAAAAACUUUUACCAGUGUGUGCAGCUGCAUCAGAGCCAGAGACACCAACAAACUGAGCAAACUGAUCAGGAGGGCUGACUGUGUGACUGGGACUUCUCUGAAGCUCUUGGUUAAGCAGAGGACAAUGCUGCACAUACUGUUGAGCACCAGCAGCCUGUUGUCUGUAUAUACUGUUGCCAUAUGUCAUACACUGUAAAUUAUUGUGUAAAUUAUUAUAUAUGUUUUAUGCAUGUAUUCACUGCACAGUUCUCAUGUUCUGAUGACAAUCCUGCUCCCAACUAUACACUGAUUUUUAGAACACAGACCUGACUUGCACUAAUGUACAGGGUAUUACAGUGUAGUCCUGUCAUUGUACAGCUUAUAUUCAGCACACAAUAUAGUCGAGUUAUGGUUCUAUUGUUAGUCUCUAUUCAAUGUUCAUUUCUAUUCUAUGUAUUAUUAUAUAUACAUUUUUAAUUUUGUUAGUUAUUGUCUAUAAUCUAUCACUCCUUUUAGAGACAAAAGGUAGGACAGACAGAAAUGAAGACUCUAGAUAAGACUGGGGGACGGACGGCAAAAUCAGUGUAGAAGAAGCAGAAGAGGGGAAACAAUAAUAUCCAGUCUCAGGAUACAAGAAGCAACAAUUACUGUGAUCAAGAGAUUUUAAAUAAAUAAAUAAGAUGAUAAGACCCGACUCACACUUCAGACCAGCUGGUGGCGGUAAACCAUCACUUUGUUGUUUUUCAGUCGCCAUUAAAAAUCAGGAAGAAGAAGAAGAAGAAGAAGCUCCUCUACGUCAUCAAAGGGAGCCGCGGCUCAGACACAUGAGACUGUCUGGGGCUGAACGUGAAUGAAGUGGAGUCACUAACAGCUUUGUAUCAGUCUCUUUCUGGUAAAGUACAAACAGCGGACCGUUGUCUCAGUCUGUCCGCCAUCUGCCCCGAUGUGCCAGGUGGAUGAAGACUACCGUGAUGGGCUGGAGCGCGCGGAGGUGCCCAGCGUUUCCAAGAAAUGUGUGAAAUGCAAAGAGGCGAGUGCAGCUGUGGUCAUCAGAGCGGGGGAUACAUACUGCAGGGGCUGUUUCAAGGAGUACUUCAUUCACAAGUUCAGAGCCAUGCUGGGAAAAAACAGGAUCAUUUUCCCAGGAGAGAAGGUGCUGUUGGCUGUAUCUGGAGGUCCUUCAUCCUGUUCAAUGCUGAGUCAAGUCCAAGAGGGUCUGAGUCAGAAUGCUCACAAGAAGCUGAGAUUCUCCCCGGGCAUCGUCUACAUUGAUGAGGGUGGUGCUGUGGGUCUGUCUGUGGAGGAGAGACGGAGGACGGUGGCUGAGCUGCGGGCUGUGUUCAAAGCUACUGGUUUCCCAUUUCACAUCGUGCCUCUGGAACAGGUUCUGGACCUUCCCAGUUCAGUGGUGGUGACGGCCCCAUCAGACUCAGAGAAAUCUGCCAGCGACUAUAAAGCGGCUGUGGAUCGCUUCAUUCAGAGUGACGGCGGUGGCUGUUUGACAACUCAGGACCAGGAGCAGACAUCACUGCCGGAGGUUCAGGAGUCCAACACUCAGCUCCUGCAGCAGCUGAUUGGCUCAGCUAAAACGCUGACGGCCAGACAAGACCUGCUAAACACGUUAAGGCAGCAUCUGCUGGUGCACACAGCUCGGACCGAGGGCUACAGUAAACUGAUGCUGGGGGACAACUGCACCAGAGUGGCUGUUAAACUGCUCACCAGCAUAUCACUGGGCAGAGGUGCACAGCUGGCGCAGGACACGGGUUUCUCAGACUCCAGAUACGGUGACAUAAUACUAGUGAGGCCAAUGAGGGACUACUCUGCCAAAGAAAUAGCUUUCUACAACUACAUGUUCAGCGUGUCCUCUGUGGUCAUACCUACCCUGGACACUAAGACGACAGACAAAGCCAGUAUCCAGCGUCUGACUGAGAGCUUUGUCACCAAACUGCAGGCAGACUUCCCCUCCACUGUCAGCACCAUCUACAGGACCAGUGAGAAGCUGCAGACGGCCUGUAAGAGCUCCUCUACAGCCGAGCACUCUGACAGGUGUCUGCUCUGUAUGUGUGCCCUGGAUACAGCUGUGGAGAACGCUUCAGCCUUUCAGGCCACACUGACCUCAGAGCAGCUCUCCCAGACUAAAUCUGCAGGGGCUACCGGGACUGAGAGCCCGAGGCAAAACCCAGCUCCAGUGGAACUGGAAUCCACUCCUUCCACCGGACGGUGCUGUUCGUCUGGAGGAGCAGAGGAUUGUGGGAGAGCAGAGAGCGGUGGAGGCUGCUGUUCUUCUGCCAAGGAACCAGAGAUACCCAGUCUGAAGAGCCUGUUGUGUUACAGCUGUCAGCUGACCAUCAAAGACAUGUCGUCAGUGGAGCGCCUCCCUCAGUACAUCCUGUCAGAGGCUCAGAGGAGGCACAGGAGGUCUCAGAUGAGAGAGGAGAUCAGUGAGUUCCUGCUGGAUGAUGGUGAUGCAGGCGAUUAGAGGGAGGAGGCUCUGAAGCUCAGUGUUCAUCUCUAGUGAAAAAAAAAUGUAAAUCACAGUUAGGACAGGACUUUAAAAUGUAAACACUUGACAAAUAUAUUGAGAGUUUAAAGAAAGAGGGUGUGUUCAUAUGUAUUUGAUUGGUCUUUACGUUGCUGGAUGACGACUUGUUGCAUUGCAGCAACCUUCAGUUGGACAACUUAGAAACAGAACAUAUUAAACUCUUCAACUUAAUGUUAAGUUUUUCUAUGUCAUUCAUUAUUAUGAAAACUGAUGUUUGAAGUACAGAGAACUGGAACAGACAUUAGUUUGAUUUUGUAUUUUUAAUUGCUGCUCUAACAAACUGAAGUUUUUUUAUUAAAAGCUGCUCUCAAGCUA